CAAGCCUGGGCGCGAGAAAUAGCACGACAUUUUUAUCCAGAGUUGUUCUUCUUAACCACCGGACGCCUUCCGCGUUGGACUUUUCCUUGGCCGCCCGCAGUCGACGUUGCUUCACCCGCUGCAGCCGGUAUUGCGCCGCAUGGCCCACGACUCUCGAGACGAGGGUUCCGACUCGCAGUUGAACGAGCCGCCGGCGUUUGGAAUCCGCCGAGCUUGUGACGCUUGUCGCGGCCGAAAGAUCCGCUGUGACAGAAACUCCCCGUGUUCCUACUGUCUCGGCGCCAAAAUCCCCUGCCGCCACACCAACACCGGUCCCAAAGAGAAGCGCACGAGGAUCCUCCUGUCCGCCCAAUAUGAGAAAAAGAUCGAUGCCAUUGAUCGUCGGCUCGAAGGAGUCACCCAACUCCUUCAAGACCUGCAGAUGAACUUUCCAACUCUGGGUGCUCAACCAACGCUGUUCAAAGAGAGCCCGGCAGAUUCUCCUACGCCCUGCAUACCGACAUCGACGUCCGCCCACCUUGGCCAUGUAAUCAUGGUAGCUUCCGACAGUCCCGCUGUCGAGGGAGAGUCGUCCCUAGCAGCCCACUCCGCCUUCGCGAAUGAGUUCCUCCAAAACGCCUUUCGGAACGACUCCAUACAAGACUCCGCGAGCCUUGAGAUGCAGCAUACCUUGGCCUCUCUGCACCAUGUUGUCGAUUCUCUAAAGCAACACAACGGCGCAACUAGCAUGUCGUAUCCCGAUGCCCACCCAAUUCCAUGUGUCUCUUUCCGGGGCAAUGAAUUACCGCCCAUCCAAAUGACCGUGGCUUUGAUACGCGCCGCAAAAGCCGUACCCACAGAGAUGGUCGCCAUGAUCCACGAGUUCUCCCCCUUGGAGAAUUUCUCAGAGCUCUGCCUCCACGUUUACUUUUCCGAAAACUAUUCCCAAGCCGACUUUAUUACAGCGAAUGCCGGUCUUCUGAACCUAUUCUCGGACUACGUGUCUCGCACUCCAGAAAAGGAGGAUGAAAUGCUCCCCUAUCUCCAAAUGUGUCGUUCUAAUCUAGAGACGGCUCUUGCAAAUUUGCCUUUGCACCUCCCUGCCACUUCUCGUAUGAUUGGCGCGCUUCUUUUAGGUGCCUUUCACGCUAUUGACAUUUCAAAACCCUUGCUCUGCUGGACUCUGAUAUCCAAGGCAGCUGAACUGUGUCAGACGCUGGGGUAUCACCAGGCUUUGUCGAUGAAGAAUGACGAUACCAAGACUAUCCAGCGUAAAAGAUUUCUCUUCUGGAAUGUGUACAUGGUCGAAAAGAGCUUGUCGCUCCGCCUAGGGCGGGCCUCAACGAUUCCAGAUUGGGAUGUGACUGUGUCUAUGCCCGACAUGGAGGACUUUUAUCCCAAUCCACUGUCACCGAAUAUUUCCCUGUGGAUUAUGACUGCUAGAUGCCAAGGGAGUAUCUACGAGCUUCUAUACAGUCCUAAUUCUCUUGUCCAGCCGGCGCAGGUGCGGCAGUCUUCAGUGCAGGCCCUCGCGAAUGACUUGAACGAGAUUAGGAGAAAGCAACACGGAAUGGGUAGAAAACUGGUCAAUGAAAUGAUCGACAAGAUUGGGAAGCCAAUGUCGAAGUUCAUAUUCAUCACGGAUGACAUUUUCCGCCUCUCGCUCCUCACGCUUGUAUAUCGUUCAAGCCUCUCUCCUUUGGAAAAGCCCACGACAUUCGUCCCAGAGUGCAUCGAAGCUGCGAGAGCAACACUCGAGCGCCAUCAAGAUUGUAUGAGGUUUCUCGAACAUAAUCAUUCCAUGUACUAUCGUGCAUAUGUACAGUGGACGUUACUUUACGCCCCAUUUAUUCCCUUUAUUGUGGUUUUCUGUCAAGUCAUCGAGACACGGGAUGAGAUCGAUCUCUCCCGCCUCCAGAGCUUCGUCGCCUCGAUAGACACUGGCCCACCAGUCCCAGACGCCGCCGCCAACAUGUAUCGCCUAUUCAAAGCGCUUUACCGUGUGGCGCUUCGCUAUAUCGAGUUUCGCGAUUCGACCCCACCGGUGGACCAACCGAAUGCUGGAGCUGAGCUAAAUACCUGCCUGAACGCGCUCGGCUUCACCCACGUAGGCCUUAACCACGCACAACAGGAGGCGACUGGAUUAUGCCUAGGCCGUAACGAGGUAGCUAGGUAUGCUACUGGUGCCGAUGUCAUGGGUGGCAUGGAGGGCCAAGGAGUUAACCCGAUAUGGAUGAGUAACCCAGCAGAGUUGGAAGACUGGUUCAACAACAGCGACCAGGUGAUGGAAUUUAUUGAGCAAACAAGUUUUACUUCCCCUCACGAGAAUCAAGGAAGCAGUGGGGUUCAGGGUGGAUAACAUAGAGAAUAUAAACGAGUCACCUCACUUGGAAGAGCUUUCUGUACCAAUUGCGAGAUUGGGGAGGCCGAUUUCUUCAAAAUUUCCGGUCCAAAAAUGGAACAACUGAAUUGAAAGGUUAUCAUGGC